UAUUUGGCCAAAAUUAAAGGGAGUGUGCGUAAAAUUAUCCUUUUGUCUCCCAUCUACUCAAUCAUUUCCUUUGCUUUCCUUUCUCUACCUGUAUCAAAAGAAGCCCAAUUGUUCAAUUCGAUACAGAUCGACGAUGGCUUGGAGGCAAAUGAUGUUCUUCCAUGGAAGAGCACUCUCUUCACCUUUGAAUUCGGUUACUGGGUUCGCAAAUUAUUCAUCGAAAUCCACCCCAUACUUGGUGAAGGUUGGAAUACCAGAGUUUCUGAAUGGAGUGGGCAAAGGCGUUGAGACCCAUGUGGAAAAGCUUGAAAAUGAGAUUGGUGACUUCCAGAAGCUGCUCGUCACACGAACUCUCAAGCUCAAGAAACUUGGCAUUCCCUGCAAACAUAGGAAGCUGAUACUGAAAUUCACUCACAAAUAUAGGCUGGGACUUUGGAGGCCUCGAGCUGAGCCUGUGAAAUCUUAGAAUCUCUUCAAAUGGCUAGUCCUCUUCUCUUAGAACACCGAGAUGUUAUGAGAUUGACUUCUGCAAAAUGUGACUUGUGAACAUCAGUCCCAUUUGGAUGGUUUGGUGAAUUAUGUUGAAAUACUGAUGCAUGAUCCCCUAGAUUUAGUUAUGCGGACUUUUUCUUUAUUUCAGAUCAGGUGUCCUCGCUGUUGUUUUUCCAGUGUAUCAUUUAUAAUUUAUUCGGGCAAAAGUGGACUUGGUGGGUUGGGGGUUGUUUAACCACUUGGCAAGUUGUAGUCAGUUCCUCCUUUUGUCUGUCAUAGCUAUGGUGAAGUUCUCAAAUAAUCCAACACUCUUAUAAUCAUUUUUACGCCAAAUAUCCACAUUUCAGGUA